AGGAUGCUGCCUCCGGAGGAGGAGGAGGAGGCUGCAGGACUACAUGGCAACCCUGGGGCUCCUGACUCCGCCCCUACUUCCCAUCCAAUCAUAGGCAGCCCUUCGGACUUCACCUCUACCUCUAUGCCAGUCGCAGGAAGUUCCCCAACCCAGGAGUCCGUGAGCCCUGCCUCCCGUUCCCUAAGCCCUUCCCACAUGUCGACCAGCUCCAAUCGCCACUCUCCGAGCCCUGCUCGAGAGGCAGUAAGCCCCACCCAUAAGGCAAUAGGCUCCUCCCACCAUGAUCUGGACAUCACACGUAAGCUAGAAGGCUCCAGCUCCCAAAGCUCGACCCACAAGUUAAUGAGCACCGAAACUUACCCUGUGAACAUCACUCAGCACUCAGCAAAUUCAACUUACAGUCCAUUAAGUUUCACCCCUCAGACUUUAGGCUCCACCCUCCGAUCGCUACGCUCCACCUCUCAGUCUCUAAGCUCCACCCCUCAAUCCCUAAGCUCCUCCUCUCGGCCCCUAGGCUCCACCCCUCAGUCUUUAAACUCAGCUCGUUUUAAACCCCAGUCAAUCCAUCAACAUGUGAUCACCCCCCUCAGGUCUUCCAACCUCAUCCACGGGUCUUCGAAGACCGACUCCAAUGGUCUUCCUUUAAUCCCUCAAUCUUUAAGCACCUCCCAGAGAGCCCUGAGGUCAACCCUCAAGCCCUUAGACCCCCCAGAUAUGUUAAAUUCCUCCUCUCCCUCAUUGCUUUUAACUUUAGAGUUGGUCAGUACUGCACAAGUGCCCAGUUUGGCGACCCAAAAGUCCUCUCUUCAAGAUCUUAACAGAAUAACUCUAAACACCACACAGUUUGUCUUGUCAACCGUUCAGUCGGUUCCAAAACCACUGAACCUCCAAAGGGAGUCUCCUGAUGCUCAGAUGUUGGUAUCGACAGCCCAAAGUCUGCAAAAAGAACCUCAAGAAGGGUUCACUAUGAACCCUGGGUUAACCUCGGGGACUUCACCUUUGACUAGCAUAAGACGCCAGCAUCAGAGGAACCUCAGUCCAACGCCCUCUAGCGAUCUCCACACAGCCUCCACCAACACGGCCUCCACCGACACAGCCUCCACCAACACAGCCACUACCAUCACUACCACCUCCACCGCGCACAGACCAACACAUCGAACUCGCAACACUUCGAAGCCCCGACCAACCAAGCGACGUUCAGCAAAGGCCCCUUCGAAUCCGAUGACGCGGCCCGCGAAACCAGAGGCCCAAAUCGCCUACAACCCUCAGAAGGAUGUGUGUAGCAACGAUCCCUGUGGGAAGGGGGUAUCCUGCCACCCUACCCCUCAAGGAAACUUACCCUACGUGUGCCUGUGCUCUAACGGCCAACAACCAAGCAGGAAUGAAACCUGUAAGGAUAUCCAUGUGAGCACCUCGCCUGAGCCCAGAGCUGUCUUCCCUACCCAGCUGCCUAAGUCGAAGAACCUCAUUGGACCCGCUGUAGUGGCGUCAGUGGUGUUGAUGGUGCUGCUGCUGCUGGUCUACUGGCGCAGGAAGAACCUGUACUCUCUCCUUAAACAGAGACAGCGAGAAAAGAAAGCUGGACCGCAGUCACCAGGCACCCUGGCCAAGAGUUCCUCCCUGCUGACCUACAACUUCGCCAGUAACCCUAAUUAUUAUGCCCAGUCUCCUGAUGCCUUGCCCCUGCACACCCUGGCAGUGCAACUCAUCAAUGCAGAGCAGAUUGCUUUUAUCGGGGAGUUGGGCGAAGGAUGCUUCGGCAAGGUGUACAAAGGUACCUACGGACCUCGAUACCCUGAGGAUGCAGGAGGCGAGACCACGAACCUGACGGUAGCUGUGAAGGUACUGAAGGAGUCUGCAGGCAUGGAAGCAGAGGCAGACUUCCUGAGGGAGGUGGAGAUCAUGUCCUCCUUCAGACACGAGAAUAUCCUCUCUCUUAUCGGCAUAGUGGCUACAGAGACUGGAGGGACGCCCUGGAUGGUUUUCGAAUAUAUGGCUUAUGGAGACCUGGCAGAGGUGCUAAGGUCGUGUAACAAGCAGUUCUACUCUAAUGAGUCGCCUAUUAAGUCGCUGAGUAAGGAAGACCUGCUGAACAUGAGUGUUCAGAUAGCAUCGGGCAUGGAGUACCUCUCGUCUCAGCACUUCGUACACAGAGACCUGGCCUGCAGAAACUGCCUCGUGGGUGACAACCUCACCGUCAAGAUCUCUGACUUCGGCAUGUCCAGAGAUGUGUACACGUGUGACUAUUAUAAGGUCGGAGGAUCGAGGAUGCUGCCAGUGAGAUGGAUGGCCCACGAGAGCAUCAUGUACGGUAAAUUCACCCUUGAGAGUGACGUGUGGUCCUUCGGAGUGGUCCUCUGGGAGAUCUACUCCUUCGGUAAACAACCGUACUACGGAAACUCCAACGAAAACGUGGUGAAACUGAUCUUCCAGGGCAUCUUACUGAGUCCACCAGACACCUGUCCACCGCAGGUGUGCGACGUGAUGCGCAGGUGUUGGGCCACUGACCCCAACGACCGUCUCAAGUUCCCCGAGAUCCUGAACCGCCUUCAGCGUCUCCAGCAGGGCUGGAAGGGAUCAGCAGCGUCCCCUGUACCUGCGUCAGGGACUCAGGCUCCUCCAGUGCCCAUAACAUAUAGUGAACUCUGUCUACACGACGAGGGUGGACUCGAACUGGACUCGGACCAGUACCUCAUGCCCAGGAAGGUCGAACAGAGAGAGUACAUCACAAUCCUUAACGAUGUGUGAUGUCCUCUAGUGUUGUUUCUACCUCCUCACAUCCCUCAAUUGAGAGCCUGUUGAUUUGAGGGCCUGUUUUUGAGGCCCUGUUGGUUUGAGGGCCUGUUUUCUGAGGCCCUGUUGAUAUGAGGAUCUUUCAUGAGGUCCUGUUGAUUUGAGGGUCUUUUUAUAAGGCCCUGUUGAUUUGAGGGCCUGUUUUUAGAGGCCCUGUUGAUUUGAGGGCCUGUUAGUUCCUGGUCCUGCUGGGUCCUGGUUUCCUCUCCAUCGAAGACGAAGAAAGAGAAAACAAAAAAAAAUAUACAACGAUGUUCCCACUUCGGCUGAAACUCUUCUUGUUGGUCUGUCAUCAUCGAAGUGCAUUUGAUCAGCGUCUUCACCUUCAGGAUACCGCAAGCGUUCCUGUGUGUGUCUUCGUACGUGUAAAGCUCUUUGUUUGUGAGGGGAUGGCAAUGUUUACAACAUCAGACCUCAAUGGUAAGAACUUUUAGCUUGAGACCAACAUGUUUCUUCAUCCAAAAUACCACCAACGAUUUCUUGUGUAAUUCUCCCUAGCUUUACCUUGAUGGGGAUCCACUCUUCUCAUGCAUUCUCCUCCUUACCUCUUUCUCUUCUUUCCUCUUAUACAUUUCCUUCUUCAGUUUAUCUCUUUCAUUCCUUCCACACUUUCUCUCUUCUUGUCUAAACAGUAAUGGUUCGAGUGCACUCGUGUACAUGCACUCGACUUGUCUAUAUCGCUGGGACAACCACAGCCUCGAGAAACAACCACCAGUGCUGUCACGACCACGACCUCGGGGAAACACGACCCCCAGUGCCGAGACGACCACUGCCUCGGGAAACACGACCCCUAGUGCUGAGACGACCACAACCUGAGGAAACACGAGCACAGCCUUGAGAAACACGACCACAACUGCUGGCACGACCGCUACCUCGGGGAACACACGACCAUAAGUGCUAGCACGACCACAGCCUCGGAUAAACACACGACACGGUGGGCAAAACUACCAACUACGUCGACCAGACACGACACAUUCCCAGUGUUGACAAACUCUCACCGACAUUCCAGCGCCAUCCCUCGUAGCCUAAGAAGCUGCCUGCGGGAACGGACCGUAGUAACGCAGCCUGGAAGCUUCCCAUCACCCCACAGAUAGACAUUCAGCAACGAUUUUGCAUUUAGGAACCCCAGAGUUCAACCCUUCCAGUGACUUGAAAAACGAGACGGUUCAUCACGUCUUAAAUCCGAACGCACACGGACACACAGUCAUGUACAUUGUAUACCGUCUUCGUUGUUCUGUAUUAUACAAAAUUCUGUGUACUGACGCUAUAAUUCAGUGUUUUUGUUAUUGCAAAUCUGCAUUGUGCUCACAUUGAAUUUUUUUUGACUCAAUUAUAGAGAAAAUUUUGCAAA